GCCCAUAAACUUGCAAGCAGUGUCAUUACACUCUUACUGUGUUAAAGACUCUUAAGGUGUACAGCUCGCUCGCUGCCAGAUCUGCUGCUAAAAUCAACUGCCAGACAUUGCAAUGUAAAGACUGUUUUGGUAGACUUUUACAACUACAACCUGUUACUGGCUAUUUCUUUAUAAAUUUCAAUCUUUUUGGGAAUUUUUCAAGAGGAAUAUCUGCUUGCCAUGGAGGAAUCCCUGAACGGCACCAUCGAUCCGGCUUGUUUACAAGAGCCUCCACUGGCAGCUGACAUGCUAAAGUACCUAGAUACGUUUGGAUUGUGCCUGUACGCCAUGCUUACCUUCAUGUCCAGUGUCUCCCUGCUGCUAUACCUGGAACAAUGUGUCUAUAUUUAUAAAAAAGUGUCGUACCCCAAGAAGACGACCAUCAUCUGGAUCAGCGGUGCAGCACCAGUCAUCGCCACCAUGGCAUGCUUUGGGAUGUGGAUCCCCAGAGCAGUCAUGAUCACAGACAUGGCGUCGAACUGUUAUUUUGCAGUCGUGGUGUACAAGGUGUUGAUCCUGCUGGUCCAGGAGUUGGGGGGCAGUAGUGCUUUUCUGGAGCGGUUUUCUGGUACACCCUUUAAAAUCAGCACGGGACCCUGCUGCUGCUGCUGCGUCUGUUUACCCCGAGUACCCAUGUCACGGGGAAUGCUCUUCCUGCUGAAGAUAGGUGCUCUACAGUAUGCAAUCCUAAAAACUGUGCUUUCUGUCAUCUCUGUAAUACUGUGGACGAAUGGAUACUUUGAUCUUUCUGAUCUAGAGAUCACUGGAACAGCCAUUUGGAUUAACCCGUUCAUUGGCGUCCUCACCAUCACCUCUCUUUGGCCCGUUGCCAUCGUCUUCAUGAACACUAACAGCCUUCUACGCAGCCUUAACAUUAUACCCAAAUAUGCCAUGUACCAACUUAUACUUGUAUUGAGUCAGCUGCAGACGUCAAUCAUUAACAUCCUGGCUUUGGAUGGAACCAUCGCCUGUGCCCCUCCUUUGUCGUCUCAGGCUCGUGGAUCCAUGCUCAGUCAGCAGAUGAUGAUCAUGGAGAUGUUCAUCAUCACUCUGGUCAAUCGUUUUUUGUACCGUCGCCCAUAUGACACACUUCCCUCUGAGACGCAUGACAACAACUUGAACGGCAAAGUGGCAGACUGGCAGACUGCUCUUGUGGAGCAUGAUGUCUAAAAAGGAAGAUGGCACAACAACAAAAAAAACACUGCUGUGUAGGAUUAUCUAAGUUAGGAGUUCAACAAAAAGUCAAACUUCAGUUCCAUAUAAUACUUUACCUCAUUGCGUCAUUUAAGUGUAAGGCUCCAAAGACUAUGUGACUUUCAGCCUUAUUUCUUUGUAGUUUCCAUAUUUAACAUACUGAUAUUUGCUCAUAACUGUAUCCCCCAGAUGGCAAAACUUGGUUCAUCAAAAUUACUACUUUCAGUCCAAAUAAUAGUCCACAGGGACAUUAAUUCUGGAAUUAUUUACCUGUUUUUGUAUUCCACUUAAAACCUUAUUUUCUAGUGGAGGUGGCAAAAAUGUCAUCAUAUCUCAUAAUUUGCACAAACGAGCAAACUCUAUUUGAUAGACAGUAGAUGUAAGAAAGAUCAGAUUUUGUUUUUGUUUUUGUUUUUUUUUGGUUCUUUUUUGAUUUAGUUGUUUUUCUAGUUAGAUAUGCAGUAAUAUAGAGCCACUACCAGAUUGCUGAAUACUGAACACACUGAGUCUCGGUCAACCUGCUCCUCUAAAGCUCACUCAUUAACAUGACCCCAUUUGUUUCUCGUUUAAGUGUCUACAAGACUGCAGCUAUGUGUAUUUGUUUUAUUAUUUCAGGCUGAAAUCUACAAAAUACGCAAUAUACAGAGAAAUGUAUCAUCAUACUGUAUAUAUACUUUGUCAUACUGGGACAAAGUCAUACAGAGGGUAACAGGGUGGCAGGAUUACAUUUCCUUACAGAGGGGUAAUUAAAAACAUCUAUUUAUUUUUAUUAAUGUAUCUGUGUAUGUGCUUGAGAUACACCUAGAAAUGUCAAUGUUGAAAUGAUCUGCAAUGACAUCGAAUGUAUUUUUUUGUAGUAAAGGGGGAAAUAAAUACUAAUACAGUAUUUUGUUAUUAUUGCAUGUUUUCAUCACAGUACCUGUGCUGCAGGUAUUUAUGUAUACUAGGGAUAAAAUUCUAAACAUAAAACAUUUAAUUAAAAGCA